AGCAACUUAGAAUUACUUUUCUUGUUGAGACCAUUUCCUGUUAUUGUGUGAAACAGAGCUGAGAGAGGAACACCAUGGUUACGGGGCUCAUCCUCCCCCUCUGACAAGUUAAUGUACAACAGGAAUUACUGGGGAAACCAUCACAGCUAGGGAAGAAGGUGCUGCCUUCAAGUGGCAGUGUGGUUUGCAAUGAGAUUUGGGGGAUUUUCCUGCAUCAUGAGGUGCUGUCAGUCUGUUCUUAUACUGUAAGCUUGCACUGUAGCAUCAGUACUUGCACACCAAACCUUGGAGUGGUCUGAAGCUGUGACAGAGCUGAUUUGUAUCUACAGAAAUACACUUAGAAAUGUGAAACAUCACUUUUUUUUUUUUUUUUUUUUUUUUUGUGGUCUGUUUCCUCUGCAAAAGCAACGAGACUUGAAACUUGUGGAGAGAAGAUAAAGACUGUGCUUUUUUCAUGUGCGUGAUAAAUAAUUUCACAAACGCAGAGAAACCACGUGUGGGUGCCUCUGCUAAGCAUGCAGGAAAAGGCAGAGCCAUGGAAUGUCUGUUCAGAGACUUGUCAAACCCUGGAAAUGCAGACAGUUCUGGUGUCACUAUUAGAGUGACAGCAGAAAUCAGAGGUUCAACAGCCCCGCAGCCAUCCAUUGCAAUUAAAAGUGAUAAAAAGGGAAAAUACAAUGUCACAAUGUACUGGCUUACAGUGAACGUAUGUCUCCAACUUGCAGCACCUUGUUUGUUUUAUGGAGGAUGCUGUCCCCAGAAAGCUAUGUAAACAUUCUGUACCAAGCAGAAUGUUUUUCCUAGAGCUGGUAUCGCUGUCUGCUGAAACUCUUGGCUUCGGUUCAGAAGAGUAUUUUAGCAGAGAAUUCCCAUAUGCAGAAAUGAACCUGAGGGAUCUGAGCUGAUAAAUCUCUUCAGUCAAAGAGAGCAUAAAAGUUGCACAACUAUGGAGAUGAGAAGCAGAUAUGAUAUGAGAGGUCAAAAGGCAGUCAGAAAGGGCCGGAUGGGGAAGAAGCAAGGUUCAACUUCACACUCACAGCUCUGUUUCUUUUUUUAUCCUGUGUUUAUAAAGAACACUCAGGAGGCAGCCUUUCCAGAAACAAGAACUGAGCUCUCUAUGGUUCUGUCACCGCCGAUCUGGUCUGACCAGAUUAUCAGAGGAUGAAACUGUUCUGGGCAAUUCAACUGAACAUAAUUUGUGCAACUAAAACAAACCUACUCAGAUGCAAGUAUUUUAUGUGGUUAGUACUGCUUGACCUAUCGUUAAGCUUUAUGCUUCACAGCUCUUCUGGGAAACACUGUCAGUCUUCCGCGGGGCUGCAAAUCAGAUAGGAAAUCUCAUCCUGCUCCGAUUUCAGCAGAGAACGGCUCUCAUUUGAAGGGGUGAGGACACAGCCAGGCACUGACCAGUUCUCCUGUGCUUCUGGUGCCUUCAGACCCUUCUGUUCAUCCUCAGAAUGGCGUAUGCCUGGUAUUGGCUUGAUGACUUGGGGCAGUGGAUUGAAUAUGGGAAAGAGCACCCGAUUUACCCCCAUGCCACGGUAAAUUCUGCAGAUCUGGAGGAGGCAUUUCUAGCUGACCAGAGAGGCACUCUGACAUUUUGUGCUGGUUCUCAGAUAUAUGAAUUAAACUUCAAAGACAUGGUCCAAAGAAAUGUGGUCUAUGCAACUCAAAGAAAAGUUAUGCGGCUGCCAAAAAAUUUGUACUCUCGACGUGAGCAGGACAAAAGCCUGUAUACAGAACCAUCAUGUUCACUUUAUCCUCCAGAAUGGGACCAAUCAGCACUCCCUGAAAUUGGGUACAAGUUGGUAGAUGUUGGCAACACUUCCAGUGAAUAUAAAAGAAUUGAGAGUCUGUUUCAGAAGACGAUGAAAGACUACAGCAUCUGCCGGCUGCAGAGGAUCCAGAACCCAACCCUUUGGCAAAUUUUUCAGUGGCAGAAGGAGCACAUGAAGAAGCUCCACAAAUCAAACUGGGUGGAUGAGCGGCUUCUGUUCCACGGGACAAACGCAUCUCAUGUGCCAGCCAUCUGUGAACAGAAUUUUGACUGGAGGAUCUGUGGCACUCAUGGGACAAUGUAUGGAAAAGGAAGCUACUUCGCCAGAGAUGCCAGUUAUUCUCAUGAGUACUGUUCCUCUAGGAUCAGCCGCUACAGCAUGUUUGUAGCUCAGGUCCUUGUUGGGAAAUUUGUUCAAGGGGACUCUGAAUACCUUCGUCCUCCACCCACACCAAACAAUCGCAACAGACUUUAUGACAGCUGUGUGGAUAACCCGGAAAACCCUUCCAUCUUUGUCAUCUUUGAGAAGCUCCAGAUUUACCCUGCCUAUAUCUUGGAGUACAGCAGCAGUUCUCUAUGUGUGAUCCUUUAAUGAAUGGCAGAAUAUUCUUUGUAUUUACACUGAAACGUUUUAAUAAAUCUUUUCAUUCAUGUUUGUACAGUUUUAGAACUUGCUAAUGCUAAAAUUUCCUUUAAGAUACUAAAGAACAUUUUGUAAUGCAAAACAGUAUCAGUCUCCCAAGGGUCUUGGGGGCAUAAUUUUUGUUGCAGGACCUAUUGUUUUGCCAACAGAAGGUGCUAAAGUUCCACCUUAUCUCUUGCGUAGGGUGGGGUCAUGCAUACAUACUGGGGUGGCUCUGCAUACUCUAAUGCAGUCAUGUGUUCUGAUGCUGGAAGCAGCACUGCUGAAUUAUGAAGUUAUUAUGAUUAACUUUGCUUUAUUUCAUGAUCAAGUCACUGUUGGCACUUCUCACCCUGUUCUUCCACAUGCAGUCUGCCCAUUCUGCUGGGGAUGCCAUAUCUUGAGUGUCCUUAUCCUAUCCCCAACCUGCUGAUGGUAUCCUUGUCUGGAGCCCAUGGGAAGAAUCCCUUCCUUAUUGCCAAAUUUCCCCAGAUUUAGGCCAGGAGAACCAGAGGUAUGGCAGCUACUGGAGUCAGAUCACCACCCUGCCAUGACAUUCACAGUGAGGAAGUUUGUGGUGAGCUGAAUAAUGUUGUGUGGUAGCUUCCUACUGGGGCUGCAAAGGAGCCCAUACUAUUUCAGGAUCACUGUGUUCAUCUCUCAGUUUACAUCAUUCCUAGCAGCAGUCCCACCUCCAGUGUGGUUUGCUGCUCUUCUCCCAGUGCCAGUGCUGGUGAUACUAGGGUGAGCUUGGUCAAAUGCAGUGCAUUCACCUACUUGAAAGGUGACUUAACCAAAACAAACAAACAGACCACUUGAAAUAAACAAUUGCAAAAUGUCAACAAGAACAAUUCCCAGUUUAGCUUGUGCCAGGAUUGAUAAAGAAGAGGUGAAGCUGCAGCACUGACUGGCAAAGGAUGAUACUUGAACCUUGAGCCCAGGCAGGGCUUUGUGCAGUAAAAGAUUUGGGAAUACUUGGGUCAGUAAGGUGUUGAAACCACUAUUAAAAAUGAAAAGCAAUUCAAUCUGCAAAUAUUUCCUCAUGGGGGUUUUUCCUUGAUAUUACAAAUCUGCUAGAACUUUUGCAGAUCUGAAAUUCCUGCUGGAGCACCUGCACAUCUCCAAGUUCUGCAGCUGUGAAUGAAAGCAUUCCUCAGUGCCCCUUCAG